AGUCAUCUGGCUGGCCUUGGCCUGCAACAACAAGAUGGACGUGGACCUGUCAGCUCGGCAGUUUAUAAAACAGAUAAGGCUGUUCUCCCAACAGCUGCACCGCGGGAAGGAGGAGCCAGAACCAGAAAAGAUCAAUGAGAGAUCAGAGUCCCAACUGGUCGAGCUCAGAGUGCAGUGAAGGAGAGAUAACAAAGGAACGACCUCAGUGCUCUUAAGAGUGUAUUGUGCGUACACGUCUACACAUCUGCUGUCUGUCAGUGACCUACAGCCUCAAGCAGGAGAGCCGGUCAACAGAGGACCUGAAUCUAACAGCCCUAAUCAAAGAAAUGGAAAUGGGUCAUUGUUGCAGUCGGUGGAUGGAGGCUGUGAGGACGUGAUGAGGACCGACGCCGGGGGAGGAAUGAAGGAACGACACUGGAGUUGAUGUAGAGAGGACAUGAACCAACUCAGUAGAAACUAUAAUGAUGUGGACCUGUCUUCUCCUGUGAAUGCUGACGUUGGUGGGCGACCCUCAGAAGAGAGGAGGUGAAGUGGUGACCAUGUGGAUCCCGACCCCCAGCAUGACUCUCCCUCAGCGGAUGGUGCUGUACGGGACGUGUGUCGUGGCGCUGAUGAACACUGUGGGCCUCCUGGUGCUCUUGGUCCAGCAGAAUCAGCAACGUGCCUUGUUGGAGCAGACGGAGGCGAAGCUGACGGAAGUGGAGCAGAGCUCGGUGGUGGAGUUCCUCCAAGAGGUACCGGCGGGGAUGCGGGCACAUCCGCAAAGCCAGUAUCAAUACCAGUACUCCAGGAAUAAGAGGAGUGAUAAGCUGGAGAAGGAGCUACAGCAGGAGAUUCACCAGGAGGAGGGACAGGAGGUCCAUCAGAAGGAGGGCAGCCAGGAGGUCCAUCAGAAGGAGGGCAGCCAGGAUGUCCAUCACAAGGAGGGCAGCCAGGAGGUCCAUCAGAAGGAGGUGAGCCAGGAGGCGAGCCAGGAAGCGAGCCAGGAGGUGGGAGAGGAAGCAGAGAAGAAGAUGAAGGAUGAGAUGAAACACAAGCACCGCCACGGCCAGAGUUACCACAAGGCGCACGUGCAGGACGACAUGAUGAUGAUGAUGACCUACUCCAUGGUCCCGAUCAAAUUGUUGAUCGACAUUUGCAACAGCACCAAGGGAGUCUGCAUCGCUGGACCACCAGGACCGCCUGGUUUGCCCGGUGUGGACGGUAUGCCCGGCCACAAUGGGACUGAUGGCAUCCCCGGACUGAAUGGACUGCCGGGGGCUGAUGGGAAGAGAGGAAAAAAAGGUGAGAAAGGAGAACCGGGAGAAAAAGGAGAGGGCGGAGAGGCCGGUCCGCCUGGAGAGAAGGGACAACCGUCCAAUGACGUCAUUAUUGAGGGUUGUACAGGUCCUCCAGGUCCUCCAGGUCCUCCUGGGCCCAUGGGAGCUCCUGGCCCUCAGGGCCCUCCCAGAACCAGGCACCACAGAGCCAACCUUCAGGCUGCUCAUACCCUGGGGCUGUUACACGCAAAUCCAAAUGAUGAAACCUCGUCUGUAAAGGAGGCUGUGAAACUACACGAGAUGCCAGCUAAGAGGAACGACUGCCUGAUCAAGUCUCUGAUCAACCCCAGGAAUGUGUCAAAGAUGGAGAGCACAUUUGGCACAUGGAUGAGAGACACCGCUCAGCUGAACGAUGAGCGAAUCUGGGUGGCAGAACACUUUUCUGGCCGUGUGGUGAAGGAGUAUAAAAGCAUCGCCUCCUUCCAGAACAGCAGCAGUGACGUUGUGGAUGUUAGAAAGUUCUACCAAGGCUGCGGCCACACCGUUCACAACGGAUCCUUCUAUUAUCACAUCGCUGGUACUUCCAGCAUUGCCAGAUUUCACUUUCACACCAAGAAGCUCAACACUCUCAGUAUAGAAAACGCUUUGUACCACAACCUCGCCUACCUGCUCCAAAACUCCAAGACCUACUUCAAGGUGGCAGCGGAUGAGAAUGGCUUGUGGCUGAUCUUCGCCUCCAGCGUGGAUGAGAGCAUCACGGUGGCCCAGCUGGACCAGAAGACCUUCUCCGUCACGUCCUACAUAAACACCACCUACCCCCGCACCAAGGCCGGCAACGCCUUCAUCGCCUGUGGCGUCCUGUACGUCACGGACACCAAGGACGCCAGAGUCACCUUUGCUUUUGACCUGCUGAAGGGAAAGCCGGUCAAUAUGACCUUUGACCUGAGGUCUCCAGGUGGAGUGCUGGCGAUGCUCUCCUACAGCCCGAAGGACAGACACCUGUAUGUGUGGGACCAGGGCUACGUCAGGCUCUACGUGGUCCACUUCAUCUCUGAUGAGUGAAGAACACACCGUCUGAACAUGACGGACAACAUGCAGACAUGACUGUUAAAUAGUGAGAGCAAAAUACCUGCUGACCACCAGCUAUUCACUCCAUCUUUGGAAAUUGGUCAUAUAGAGAGCGACAUCAGUCUCAACUUUAUCUUCCUGUAGAGGAGUGGUUCCCAACCUAUUUUCCUUGAUGUCCACCCAACUUGUAUCUAAGAAAAGCUGAGCCCCCGACGUCAUCAACAUAAGAAAAAUUACAAAUACUAGAACAAGAUACUCAAUUUGAAAAAAAGGGAUUCAGUAUAUUAAAUGAGUUAUUCUUUUUUUAAUGAAAUCAACUUUUUUUAAUGAAUAUAACUUGUCGGUUUCGCCAGCAUAAAGAGAUGACGUUUUGACUUCACCAAGCGAAUGCAGAUAUAUAAUAUGAUCUUUUUUUUGUAACGACUUAAUUAAUUUACUAUAAUAGCGUUAGAGCCGAAAUAGAUUUUUGUUAUUGUGGUUAAUUAAAUGUAAUUCAUGGUGUUGUUAGAUUGCUGCUUCAAG